AUGAGGCUCCUUACUCUCAUAUGUACAUUCCUCUCGGGGCUUUCCUUGACGUCUGCAACGCCUGCACCAAGUAUCGAGCAGCAUUCGUCGCGGCAAUGGCCAUACGCACCGUUUAAUACAAAGGGGCGGCACGUAGUUAAUAAUCGCGGAGAUGUUGUGACUUGGGCGGGAGUUAAUUGGCCUAUGAGUGGCGAGACAAUGAUUCCAGAGGGCUUGGAGUGGAAAUCAGCUGGCGACAUCCUCGACGAUGUAGCUAGUGUUGGGUUUAAUUACAUCCGCAUGGGCUAUGCCAUUCAGAUGAUUGACGAGAUAUACGAUCGCGAGGGACAUGACGUCCCCAUGAUUGAUGCGCUGAUAGCUGCCUUGGGCUCAACGAAUGGGACAAGGGUUGCAAAGGCUAUCGUAUCGAAGAAUCCUAGGUGGACUGUUAAAACCACGCGGUUUGAGAUCUGGUCAGACAUCGCCCGCACGGCACUCAAGAAAGGCAUCUUCAUCCACCCUGACGUGCACGUAGGCAAAGCGCAAUGGUGCUGCAGUCAUGUAGAUGGGAACGCCUGGUUUGACGACGUCUCAUUCCCCGUUACAAACUGGCUCCGCGGACUCUCAUACGUCGCAACCUGGGCCAAACAACACCCAAACAUCGUCUCAAUGUCCCUGCGGAAUGAACUCCGCGAGAGCUGGAACCGUACCGAUCUCUACUAUAAUUGGGCUACCCUCGUGGGUAACAUGACGGCCGGCGCCGACGCCAUUCACACGGCUAACAGCGAUCUCCUCAUCACGUGGAGCGGGAUGCAGUACGACCAAGACCUGUCGGCUCUCACGGCAGGGAGGAAUCUCCUCACAGCUCCAUGCUACAAGUGCACCGCGAUCCGCGACGCAUAUAGGCGCGAUCCCGUGGUCUUCGACCUCUCCGCGCACCCGUGGGCAGACAAGCUCGUGUGGGAAAUGCAUUUAUACAGCGGCAGCGAGGACAUCGACACGGGAACGUGCGAUAUCAUCGAGGCAGGCUUAUACCGGAACGGGUUCAACGCGCUCGGCAUCGAGCCCAACGCCGCCGGGUGCGCCCUCACGGGCGACUGUCCCGAGGCAACGCGGCUUACGCCUGUGCUAUUCUCCGAGUUCGGACAUGCGCAGGAUAGCAGUUUGUACGACGAUCUUCUGCAGAAUUGCGUCAGGAAUUUCACGAUCGAGCAUGGCGUGAGUUGGAUGACUUGGGCGCUGGCUGGGAGUUACCGCAUCCGCGAGGGCACGCAGGGAUUGGUAGAUACUUGGGGACUGACGAGUACGGAUUGGAAUUCUUGGAGGGAUCCUGGCACUAUUGAGGGAUAUUGGAAGCCUUGGAUUCAGAGCAUGAAUAUCACAUAUAAGGGCUGA